GGCUGUCGGCUUUGUCAAUAAAUGUCUGUUGUUCGGGUUGGGAGUAGGCGCCUUUGACAGCGGUCUGCCGCUCCGUUUCAGCCAUUGCCGGGGCAACAAUUUCUACAUUUGUGGAGUUUUUGACGCCACAGGACAGAGUGUAUGAAGGCUCAACACAAAGAGGCUUUCAUCCAGGAGCGUUAUGGCCAAUAUGACCUCAGCGAUCCAUUUCUGGCCUUACAACGGGACGGCAAUGCAACUAAGAACCAAAACACAUUUGCCCAAACUCAUGCACACCUGCAUGAACAGGCCGUGGGCCCAAAUCCUUUAGCUGUCUUGAAACUGGUCAUGGCCCACUGUAAGAGGAUGCAGGAAAGGAUGAUGAGACAGUUGGCAGCGACUGAAAGCAGACAUAAAAAGAUGAUAGCUGAUCUAGUAGAGGAGAAACAGCGGCAUGCCCAUGAAUCUGCCCAGAGGGACAAUUUCUCAUUGAUACUGCAAACAGAGAGAGACAACCUCUUGCAACAGCUUGAAAUUGAGCGAGCGUCAGUGCAGCGGCUUGAGAGAGACCAAGAUCAGGCUGUGCGCCAGGCAGAGGAGUCGCUGAUCCAGCAGCAGCAGCUUUCAUCAACUCUCACCUUAGAGCUCCAGAGGGCCAGCAACCAAGCACAGGGUGAGGCUCAGAAGGUCUCAGAGCUCCGUACUUUGCUUGAAGAAGAGACGGGCAUUGUGAAUAAACUCAGGGGACUUCUUGAAGAGGAAAAGAGCAAAGCGGCAGAGCUCAAAGCUCAUUCUGAGAGGAAUCUUGCCGAGUUUGCUACAGAGCAACAGCAGUUGAAAGCCAGGCUCAGAGAGGAAGAGGAAACGUGCAAGGAACUGAGGGGACAGCUGGAACAGCUGAAAAAAAUAUUGGGCGACGCCAGCCAAGAAGUGUCAAAGAAAGCGGUGAUGCAGGUGAAAGACUUAUCCUCCAAGAUGGCCACAGUGACCACCUGUGUUCAGACCGAGCCCGAUGGAAAAAUAACUGUACCGGCGAAAAUAUCCGUAGUGUCAAAGGUCAACGGCCAUCACCUUCUAAAAGAGACCGAGCUGACUCAGGAAGGCAGUGGAGCAGAUAACACAGGGCUGCUGGAAAAUGGUGGAGGAGCUAGUUUACAUUCACCUCUCCAACCUCAUCCUCAUGCCUACCCCCACUCUCCGUCCAGCACUGCCUCCUCUUCCCUGUCCUCUUCUCCCAUUUCCUCCCCAAUAUUAGCUAAACGUCUCACCAGCCCAGGCUUCCACCAGUCCUCUUACCAGGCUGGAGUCAAUCAGAGAUUCCAGGCUGCCAGACACAAGUUCCAAUCCCAGGCUGAACUGGAACAACAGCAUGGUGGUCCCCUUUCCCCCAGGGACCUCUCACCCACCACCUCUUACAACCUUGGCCAACCAGAGCACAGUGCAGCCAAGCAGCUGGCCCGCAACACUGUCACACAGGUGCUGUCCCGGUUCACUAACCAGCAGGUUGGUGCCAAGCUGGUACCAAUCAGCAGUUCCCCAUUUGGUACGGACUACCGUAAUUUGGCAGCUUCACCAACCGGAGCAAGGUCUCCUUCUGGGCCUUUAUCUCCAGGUAUUCGCUCCCCAAUUACCCCGCGAUCAGAGAAGACUCAUGCUCCUCCCAUUCCUCCCAAGAAGCCAGGCAUGAGUCCGACUCCAGGCUCCCCAAGUCAUUCUGCCCGAACCAGCUUGUUCCCAGAGCUGACAGGGAACUGUGGACCCAGUAACAAUAGACAGGAUGAAUCAACAGAAAUGGACCUGGUUUUAUCUUCUAGUAGUUAACAUCUUUCUUAGAAACCCAUGAGCUACACUGAGAACACACAUUCUACCUGAUGCACUAUAUUAUUGUCUCUUCCUCUUUUGAUAUCUGGAGGGCUAAAGAGCCAUGCAUCGAUGCAUCGAGCUAAACAAUUUUAAGGAGAACUAGUCUUGGCAAGUUUAUCAUAGAAUUAUUAACAAUGGCACCAAAAAGAGGACCAAGGAAUCAUCUGUGAUUAUUCUCAUGUUACUCACUGAGAACCUACAUUUAUUCACAAUAGGUGACCUCUGUAAGUACCAUUCACCAUUCUAAUAGUAGGUCCUCCAGCUGGUAUUUUGGAGACAUUUCUUCACUGGACCAGUAAGCUAAGCUCUGUGGGACUGUUGAAACGAUACACCUCUGUGCAGAUAAUUGACCCACGCCUGUUUUUUUUUUUUUUUUAGCUUCAUACAAAGAAUGGAGUGCAAAGACACGGCUCUUUGGACAUUAUGGAUGAAUAGCAGCCCUUAGAACUUAAUAGCUGACACAAAUUCACAAAAUAACACAAUGUUUUGUUAAAACUUGUAUUGCUGUUUGACCUCAUUACCCUGUAAAUUAAAUGGUCUUGAAUAUGAUUGCAAGGAGUACACUAAGCCAGUGGUUCUCAACCUUUUUUCAGUCAUGUACCCCCUGUGAACAUUUUUUUUAACUCAAGUACCCCCUAAACAGAGCUAAGCAUUUUUGGUUGGAAAAAAAGAGAUACAGAAGUAAAACACAGCACUAUGUCAUCAGUUUCUGAUUUAUUAAAUUGUAUAACAGUGUAAAUUGUUGCUCAUUUGUGGUGGUCUUUCUUGAACUAUUUGAAAUGAAAGAUAUAAAAUUAACUUGUUGAAAAAUAAACAAGUGAUUCAAUUAUAAAAAAAAUAUUUCUACACAUAGAAGUAAUCAUCAACUUAAAAUGCCCUCUUUGGGGAUUAUAAUAGAGAUCCAUCUGGAUUCAUGAACAUAAUUCUAAACAUUUCUUCACAAAAAAAGAAAUCUUUAACAUCAAUAUUUAUGGAACAUGUCCACAAAAAAUCUAGCUGUCAACACUGAAUAUUGCAUUGUUGCAUUUCUUUUCACAGUCUAUGAACUUACAUUCAGAUUUUGUUGAAGUAUUAUUCAAUAAAUAUAUUUAUAAAGGAUUUUUAAAUUGUUGCUAUUUUUUAGAAUAUUUAAAAAAAAUCUCACAUACCUCUUGGCAUACUUUCAAGUACCCCCAGGGGUACACGUACCCCCACUUGAGAACCACUGACCUAAGCAGUGAACUACCGCAACAUUUCGUAUGUUUGUGUUUUAGCCCAUUCACACUUCUACUUUGACUGAAUCAAAACAUACCUACUUAUAUACAGUAUCUAUUAAACGAUUAACAUCGUAUCCAUCAGAUAUUAUUUAAGGUGACUUAAUGUUUGCAAGAAUAACAUAUUCUGAUAUUACAACCAAGAACACAAGCCCCUAGAGCUGCUUUUACUGGGGUUCACUGUUUUUAUGGACAACUCAAUUUCAUGAAAAUGUACAUUGCUCAGUGAUCAGGUGCACAAUUAAUUCAAUUCCUGGGGUAAAGUAAUUUAAUAUUUUUAUAAAUUAUGCUUCACAAAAAUUGUCAAUAAUCUGAGGUUUUGUGGUUAGUUUGUCAAAAACGUAUUUUGAACAGUCAUUCACUAAAUCUUUCAAUAGCAGUGUGUAAAAGAACAGUGAUAAUACAGAAGUUGUUCAGUCUUUUUAUUCAUAUGACAGAAUGGGGCAGUACAGGCAACACAUCACUGAUGGACACACAGUCAGUAGCAUAAUGGAAGGGUUUAACACAGCUCAUCCAUCCAAAAGUUCUGCUUUGAUUUCAUGGUAUAUUCUUCUCAUUAGAUGUGGCCAUACAGAUGUCAAACACAUACUACUUUGCAUGGCAACUGAUUUACGUUCACUUGGCAUUGACCAACACAGAAUUUGUCACAGUACACUACUUUAAGACUCCAACAGAAAAAAGAAUUGUAAAAUAGAAAUUUGCAUACGUGGGCAAGAGAAUUGAGUUCUUUACCAUAGGAAAGAGAUUUUGGCAAAUAAAUCUUGGUUAACAUGAAUAUAUUCUCCUUU